AUGCCUAUUUGCACUGAUCUUCUCCGAGAGUACACUCCGGAUCGGCCGUUAAAUGGAAAUGAUAUAUUGUGGUCAUCUUUCAGCUUGACAUUCGCCUUUCUGACUCGGCCCUCCAGCAGCGUCCACUAUUUACAACAGCCAAGUGAGACCUUGAUCAGUUGUCAAAUCUGGCGUUGCUGGUGGUGGAGGGUAGAUGGCGAUUCGGAACCAACGGAAGGUCUUACAACAUGGCAAGACGUGUUGAAAUGGCCAGACUCCGGAAAUCAAUGCACAGAGGAGGAAUACGAAAUGCGAUCCCAUCAGAAGCUACCGGAGGAUAGCAAACUGGAGAGGAAAUUCAUAACCAGCACAAAAUUCCCUCUUUAG